UUACGGUUUUUGGUAGUACCAACCAACCCCUCUUCCUUCUUUUACUUCAAUUCCCCAGCAUCAUGAAUGACCCUUUGGUUGCAGCUGCGCAAGCUGGGGACAUAGACUUGCUCUAUAAACUGAUUCAGAUGAAACCAUAUCUCUUGGAGGGCACUGAUUUGGUUCCAUUUGUUGACACACCUCUGCAUUUUGCUGCUGCUGCUGGACAUGCCAGUUUCGCCACUGAGAUCAUCAGACUCAAACCCUCAUUUGCUUGGAAGCUCAAUCAGCGUGGACUCAGCCCCAUGCACCUUGCUUUGCAAAACAAGCACUACAGAAUGGUGUGUCGCUUCGUGGACAUCAACAAAGACCUUGUCAGAGUGAAAGGGAGAGAGGGUUUCACUCCUUUGCAUAUUGCAACUCAAACUGGGAAAACUGAUCUUGUGGCUAAAUUCUUGUCGGCUUGUCCUGGUUCUAUUGAAGAUGUGACUAUUCGAAGUGAGACAGCGUUGCAUGUUGCUGUGAAAUAUAAUCAGUUGCAGGCUUUGGAGGUUUUGGUUGGAUGGCUUCAGAGAAACUGCCAAAGGCAUGCUCACGACCGGGAAAAAGAGAUUCUGAACUGGGAGGAUGAGGCAGGCAACACCAUUCUGCACCUUUCAGUUCUCAAUGGCUCUUCACAGGCAGUAAGAUUGUUGAUAGGCAGCAAGAUAAACAUAAACGCGAAGAAUUUAGAGAACUCAACAGCAUUGGACAUAGUGGAGAUUAAUCCGACUCAGGCUCACAGUGCAGAGAUGAGAGACAUGCUACUUAGAGGAGGAGCUUUACGUGGCUUUUCACUUUCUACCGCUCCACUCCUGGAAGAAGAGCUAAGAGCCAAAAUCACAUUCAACGAGAGAAUAGCAAUCUUCGUGACACGCCUCAGAAAGAGAAUAUCACACGACACACGCAACGCUUUGUUGGUAGUUGCUAUUCUCUUCGCAACAAGCACGUACGAAGCAGCACUUAGCCCUCCUGGUGGAGUUUACCAAGGCGAGGGUAGUAUUAAACCAGCACCACCCUUUAGGAAAAAUAGCGUAUCCGGGGAACACAUUGGUGAUGCAACAGAAGAAUAUGUUGGGAAAGUGGUGAUGAAAUCGAAGACCUUCUUUUGGUUCUGGUCCUUCAACACAUUUUCCUUUUACCUAUCAAUUUUGAUGAUAUGUUUGCUAAUGCCUCGAGGGCGCAUCAGCGUUAUAGUGACUUUUCCACUUUCUAUCUUUUCUGGUUGCUACGUGUUUUCCAUGUUGGUUAUAUCUCCCAGCCUCAAGUUAAACGCUGCCACUGUGAUUCUGCCAUGUUUGUUUACAGUGUUGUACUGUUGGGGAAGUUCGAUAUACAUUAGAUUAGCUACAAAACUUAAAAUGUAUGGUCAUAAACAGAAAGACACGUUCAAGUUUGCAGGAGGAAACAGAUGGUAAUGAUAUAAUAUAAUGUUGGUGC